GAAGAAGAAGAAGAAGAAGAAGAAGCAGCAGCAGCAACAGAAGAAGAAGCUCUUACCUGAUUGGCUGCAGAUCCGACCAAUGAGAGCACAAAGCGCCAAGAGGAAACAUGGCGGACACAGAAAGCAGGAGCAAGACAAGUUAAACCUGAACGUUUUCUGGAACCAAAACCUUCUCUGACCCAGAAUCGCCUCGGAACCGGGACCUUCUCUCCAGACAUCAUGUCCCUCCAAACGUCCUGUGGGUCGCAGAAAAGGCCGCUCUGCUCCCUCCUCGCUGGCCGUGGCUUAAAGAAGCCAAAGCUUGAUGAUGGUGAGCGGCUGCAGGAGGCCGCGGUCCAGCUGCUGGACCGGAACCAGAACCUGUGCAGCCUGUUCCAGGAGCUGCAGAACCCGGAUCCAUGUCGCAUGAUCUGCUUCCAGAACGUGGAGCAGAACCGAAACCCGGAGCAGAACCAGGCAGCGUCUGAUGCUGACCCUUUGAACGUUGCAGGACUGCUAGUGGGGAGCGAACUACGGCGUCAGGCCGAGCGACGGGGCGUCUCCGUCGGAGCCGUCUCGGUGAAGACGAUGUUGGACAGACUGGAGGAGAUCGUUGGGGGACAGGAGGACAAACUGAGGCAGAUGUUCACGUCUUCUCAGAGGGUCCAGUUGCAGGUUCUGUUGGAGGCCGGCAAACUGCUGCUUUGCCAAGGAGUUUUUUGCCCCAGGCUGCUGUGGGCGGAGUACCGAAAAGAUCAGAAGCAUCCUCACCUGGAGCUGCUGUACUUUCUUCACCUUUACAACAUCCUCACUCUGGACUACAUCAUAGAAAGUGAUGACGCCGUCGCAUCAUGGCUGCCCGGUCAGUUAAAGGCUCUCUGCUGCUGGACGCCUCCGCAGGAGGAAGAGGAGACCAGACGAGUUCAACAGGAAGUUUUAUCCACCGUGGUUGGAGUCCUGGUGGCAUCGCCGAGGAGUUCGGUGCUGGAUGAGCUGCUUCACUGGUUUCUGGACAUCAAGGAAGAGUGCGAUGAAGGAGCAGAGCGAUGGAUUCAGACUCUUGAUGCUUCACUGUGUGGAGGUUCAGUGUCACCAGAAGCUCUUCAGCGGUUCUUUGCUCACUGCCUGACUCAGAUUUUCACCUGGAAUCCUCAACUGACAGUGUCGGACGCUGUGACCUCGCAGAACGACUGGACAGUUGCUAAAGACGGCCGCUGUCUGACCUCGCUUUGCUGCAAGCUGGCUGCGAUCUUCAGCGUGGAGCAGCUGCUGCAUCACCUGCAGCAGGUUCUGGAAACGCACGAGGUCAACUGGAAACACGUCUUGGUCUUUGUCUCCACCCUGCUGGUUUACGACCAGUUGGCCCAGCCCAGCCUCAGCGAGUUGUUGUGCCGCCUGCUGAGCUCGGCGUUCAGAGGCUACGAUCUGGAGAAGCUGAUCACCGCCUUCCUGCUGGCCCGGCAGGGGGCGCUAGAGGGCGCCGGCGUGUUUCCAUCCUACACCGACUGGUUCAAGAUGUCGUUUGGCGGACGCUCUGGUUUCCACGCCGGCAGUAAGAAGUCUCUGGUGUUCCUGCUGAAGUUCCUCUCUGACCUCGUGCCCUUUGAACCUCCUCAGUACUUAAAGGUUCAUAUUCUUCACCCUCCAUUUGUGCCUCCAAAACACCGCAGCCUCCUGAUGGAGUACGUCACGCUGGCGAAGACCCGGCUGGCCGACCUGCAGGAGUCGGUGGAGGACAUGGGUUUGUAUGAAGAUGUUUCUGCUGCCGGUGCUUCACUUCAGAGCCAGGCUGCACAGGACGUGGAGAAAGCUGUGUGUCUGUUUGAGAGCAGCGGCAGGAUCCCUGCAACAGUCAUGGAGGCCAGCAUUUUCCGGAGGCCGUACUUUCUAACCAGGUUCCUUCCUGCGUUGCUGAAGCCCAGAGCGCUUCCUCUCGAAGCCGAUGCUCAGAUGAACUUCAUUGAAGCUCUGAAACGAGCAGAGAAGAUCCCAGCUGCCCAGUAUUCCCAGUAUGUGGAGUCCUGUCAGAAGCGAAGACAGCAGAGCGGAAGCCUUUGGCGCCCCGGAGUCCCACUGGCCGUUCUGCAGGAGCAACUGCAGGAAUUCACCGAACUGCUGGCAGCAGGACGGGACCCAGAGUCGUUGGCCCAGCUGUCCAGGAUUUCUCACACCCUGAGUGUCGUGUGUCCCGGUUCUGAUGACCCGGUUGGACCGGCCGCCGCCCCCUUGCUGCCCGAGCUCCUCCUGAAGGUAAACCUGGUUCUGGUUCUGGACCAUGUUGGGUCUGCGGUUCUGAAGCGUUUGUGUUGUGAUCUUCAGGUGGCUGAUUUAAUUCUGCAAAGUUUCUGUCAGAGUCUGCUGGUCGCUUCCAGAGGAAAUCCUCCCAACAGACAGAGUUUAUGGGGCAGCAGGUUCGUCUGCGUGCUGCUCGAUAACCGGCAGCUUCUCUCCAGCAUAAUCCACAGACUGAAGGAUCUGUUUAACCGACAGGCAGCUUCUCUGAAACCGGCUCACAUCCUGGGCCUGGCAGCCUUCAUCGUCCACCUGCAGGCGGCUCAGCCGGGUCCGGUUUCGGUAGAAGAGGCUCUGGGUUCGGCCGUGUUGAGCGGCAGUCGGAGCAGCAUGCUGUUCUCUGUCAGGCUGGCUGUGGCUGCUGUGUCCUAUGGACUCUGCAGAGGACAGUCUUCGUCUCCACAGCGACUGCAGGACUUUGUCCCCAGGAGCCUCUAUAAAAAGCUCCUGUUCCUGGUCCCAAGGCUGUUCCCUGAGGCCAGGAUACGUCCAGAGGGACAGGGGGGAGACGGUCCAACAGGCGGCCAUCUUGGGGACGGUCCGGCUCUGCUGUGGAGCUUCACUGAUGGAACCAGCUGGACGAAGACGGUGCUGCAUCUGUGGAGACACGCUGCCUUCCAGCAGCUGCAGCAACUGCAGCUGUACCAGUUGUGUUUUUCAGAGUGGCUGCAUGAAGAGCUGAGAGUCCAGAGAAACUCAGAUGUUUUGUCGGACGCAGAGCGGCAGGAGUACCAGCAGUGGGCCUGCUGGGAGCUUUAUCUGCCCCGGCCAGAGGAGCAGGGGGGCUGUGGCGGCGACCCCAGGGCGCUCUGCUCCCGUCUGCUGACCGCCGUCAUGGAGCCGCCGCCCAGUAGGGAGAUGAACCUGGAAAACCUGGACUUUUCUCCAGGAUCGUCUGGAACUGGAACCUGUUUGCCGGACCUGCUGUCCAGAUUACAGGAGCUGGUCUACGAGGCAGAGGUCGGUGAACUCUCGGGUCGCCGGGGGGAUCUGGGGGACUUCCUGCUCCGGGUCGUGUCUGAGAAAUGCUCCGCCUCCUCUGGCAGCAUCUCCUCCAGGCUCAGCCUGCAGAGAACCAUGGAGGCCUGGAACAGGGUGCUCCUGACACUGCCACCCGCGAUAUUCUUCAAAAUAAAGGCUGAAGCAGGGCGGAGCGUUGUAGACUGUAGCCAGCUGCUGCAGCACAUCACACAGCUUCAGAGGAAGGCGUGUCCUCCAGCCGGCGUGCUGCCCUGCGCGGUGACAGUUCAUCUCUUGAAGGGCCUGCUCUUUGCUGUGGGACAGUGUGGACGUCCAGCAGCAGAAGUGGACCGUGUCUGGUCCUUGAUGAGCACCUCCUGUCCUCUCCUCCUCAUCUCUGCAGUGCUGCAGGGAGGGAGCCGAGAACAUCGGAGAAAACGAGUUUCUCUCUCUCUCCCUCUCAGUGUUGGUGACGGUGAGUCUGAUAGAGUGAAAGUGUCUCAACGUUUUCUGAUCUUUUCUUUCUCUUAAGCAUUUGUUUUCUAAUAUUCUUUACUUGCAUUGGUUCUAAAUCUUGAGGUUUAUUUUUCAGUUUUAGCGCUUACGUCUUCAGGGCCACCGCCCCUCUCUUUGAGGAAUGGGACUCGGGUCCAACCUGAUCCAACAAUCCCAGUUGAAACUGUUCUGUUGGCAGUUGGUGAUCUAGUUGGUCACAUCAACUUAAUUUAUGCUUCCAGAAUGAAUAAGGGAGUAGUGAUAUUUAUAAAAGAGGAGCGUUUUGUGAAUCAGCUGAUUGUCAGUGGGUGACAACAAGUGGACACACCUGCAGGUGUCGCCCUCCACCCGGGUUAUUGUCUCGGUGUCCCGCCGUUCAUUCCUAAUGUUUUGUUGGAGAAAGAGCUCCAGUGGUUUUAAAACUGUUGGUUUGGGAUGUAAACAUGAUAAACUGAGACAUGUUCAGGUUUUUAUGAUCUUAAUCUCUGCCACACAGACGCUGGAAGUUUCUUUCAGAGUUAAAUGUGAAGAAGGAUCUUAUAUGAGCACUGGGAACAUGAAAUGUUUUGACUGGGGAUGUUAGACGUAAACGGGAUUCUCACCCGCACAAAAAUCCGGAAGCGCAGGUUGAGGUGAGUGGAAGUGCAGAGGCGUCGCCUACUGUUGGAGCUCCUCCGCCUGCAGAGGGUGGGGCUGUUUCCUCCGUCAGCUGGCUCUGAUGGCGGGGAGGGAAGCAGUGGUCUGAAUAGGCACCCUGUAUGGGAGGAUACUGGGAAAACUGGGACUAAUGUUCCUAAACACUCCUCGAAUGGGCCUAAUCUGGACUGAGAAACUGAUCAGCUGGUUGUGUUAGGUUAACCCUAACCCUAACCUUUGCUUCAUAAGUUGAGGAAAGAUUUGUGUGGCGCUUCUAUUCCUGGGUGUAAUGUCUCUUUAACUCUCUAAGGUCGAUGCCCUUAGCGGGCCUGACGUGACGCAUUUAAAAGUCUACUGUAAGAGAGAGGCUCUGGAGAGAGUUUUGGAGACGGAGCGCAGAGAUAUUUUGGAUUUUACUAGGACUGUUUUGGAUGAGUUAGAGUUUGAGUGUGUGCAGACCCAAGACCUCUGAUGUGUGUUGAUCCUCCAGUUUCUCUUUUAUCAAAUGUUCAAAGGAUUCUGGUGGAUUUUUAUGGGAUAAACUUCACUGGAUUCCUCAAAGUAUUCUUUUUCGCGGAGAGAAGA